AUGGCGUCCAAUACGCUUGCCCACCGAAUCCUCACCCUCCCGACCCAAUUGCGUUGUCUUGCCCUCGAGAGAUGCCUCGCUACGCCGACUCUACGAGUACAUCCCACACAGCGAACGUACGCGACGUACAACGCGAACAUCAACACCACCUCCUCCACCCAAAGCUCCGUCAACCAUGAAGAAGUCUCCCAUUUCAACGCCCUUGCCUCAUCCUGGUGGGAUCCCCACGGCUCAAGUCGCCUCCUCCAUCUCAUGAACCCUCUACGACACGAUUUCAUCCGCAAAUGCGCGAACAGCCACGGAGGUUUCCAGCAAGAGAAGCUCAAGUUCUUGGACAUUGGCUGCGGAGGAGGCAUAUUCGCAGAGUCUGCUGCCAGACUACCCAAUGCGGCUUCUGUCACUGCUAUUGAUCCCACGCCAGAGGUCAUUGCGGUUGCGAAGAAACACCAGCGAACCGAUCCGCUUUUGCUCGAGCCGAAUCGCCUCACGUAUUUGAAUAUCCCGAUCGAGCAGCUUCCUCUGCCUGCUUCGCCGGAGCACAGAUUCGAUAUCAUUUCCAUCUUCGAGGUCAUCGAGCAUAUCCAGAGUCCAUCUGCCUUCCUCGAAAGCAUACUGCCUCAUCUCAAGCCUGGAGGAUGGCUUGUGGGAUCCACCAUUGCGAGGACGGGUGUAUCGUGGUUUACGACAAAGUUCAUGGCGGAAGAGGUGUUGAAGAUGGUGCCCAGGGGGACGCAUGAGUGGAAUCAGUACAUCCAACCGCAAGAGUUGCGCGAGUGGGCGAGGAGAAGACAGGAUUUGGACGUGACGGUUGGCGGGAAUGGAUGGCAGAUGAUGGGUGUAGUCUAUGUACCUGGCUUGGGAUGGGGGGAGGUUGCUGGGAGCGAAGACUGGGGUAACUACUUCUUCGGCAUGAGGAAGCUUGAGUGA